GGUCCACCUCAAGACACCAGUCUGUGGAUCAGGCGAACCACCACUCCUCUUCCAAGAAUCAGUUUGACAGGUUCUUUAGGAGGUUCUCCUUCUCUUUUUUUUUAAACCCAUCCUUUUAAACACAAUGGCACCAAAGAAGGACGUGAAGAAACCUGCUGCCGCUGCUGCCCCAGCCCCUGCCCCUGCCCCGGCACCUGCACCUGCACCUGCCCCACCCAAAGAAGCAAAGAUUGACCUCUCUGCCAUUAAGAUCGAGUUCUCUCAGCAACAGCAGGAUGAAUUCAAGGAGGCAUUUCUCCUAUAUGACAGAACAGGCGAUAGCAAGAUCACCUUAAGCCAGGUUGGUGAUGUCCUUCGGGCUCUGGGCACAAAUCCCACCAAUGCAGAGGUCAAGGCGGUUCUGGGAAACCCCAGCAAUGAAGAGAUGAAUGCCAAGAAAAUUGAGUUUGAACAAUUUCUGCCCAUGAUGCAAUCUAUUUCCAACAACAAGGACCAGGGCACCUAUGAAGACUUUGUUGAGGGUCUGCGUGUCUUUGACAAGGAAGGCAAUGGCACCGUUAUGGGUGCUGAACUUCGUCAUGUACUAGCUACACUAGGUGAAAAGAUGAAAGAGGAAGAAGUGGAAGCCCUGAUGGCAGGUCAAGAAGACUCCAACGGCUGCAUCAACUAUGAAGCUUUUGUCAAGCACAUCAUGUCUGUCUAAAUGGAGCUCUCAAGAUCAAGCAUUGUUUAUGAAGACUGGCUGGAACCUUAUUCUAAGAACACCCAUGACUAACUGUCCAAAUCUGUUUACCAUCAUUCAGAAAAACAAAACAAUGUGGACCAUUUUAGACUGAAGGACUCCCUGAAUUUUUAUACAUCUUACGUUUCUCUCUGAAUUAUAUUCAUAUCACACAAACCAAGUGUCUGCUGCUCUAGACAAGAAGGAUAAAAUACUGACAAUCUCAAAUCCAAGCACUGCUCUUUAUUUUCUACCAUGGGUCAAAGAACAUCCUUAAAAUAAUAAAUCAAUAAAUAAUUUUGGUCAGUCUGGAA